CAUCCUUUCUCUCACUCAUCGGAAGAAGAAGGGACAAAGAAAAAAACGAUCUUUCUUUGUUUUCUCCUUCUCUCUCUCUUCUCCUUCUUUCUACUUUCGAUCAGUCCCUGAAAUUCGAUUCUACUCUUAAAUCAAAUAAUCUAGUUGGGUUUUGGGUCUUGACGGUUAAUAAAGCGAAAGUGAUGGCGGCCGUUAAUGGGUACCAGGGAAAUACUCCGGCUGAUCCUCCGGCGACUAACGGAUCAAAGCAACCUGCUCCUCCGACUAAGACUGUUGAUAGCCAAUCUGUUCUCAAAAGGCUGCAAUCUGAAUUAAUGGGCUUGAUGAUGGGCGGCGAUCCGGGAAUAUCCGCUUUCCCAGAGGAAGACAACAUAUUCUGCUGGAAAGGGACAAUAACAGGAAGCAAAGACACGGUGUUCGAAGGAACUGAGUACAGACUCUCGCUCUCCUUCUCCAAUGACUAUCCUUUCAAACCUCCAAAGAUCAAGUUCGAGACGUGUUGCUUCCACCCCAAUGUUGAUGUCUAUGGCAAUAUCUGCUUGGACAUUCUUCAGGAUAAAUGGUCAUCUGCUUACGAUGUCAGGACAAUAUUACUGUCGAUUCAGAGCCUUCUCGGAGAACCGAACAUCAGCUCACCAUUGAACACUCAAGCAGCUCAGCUCUGGAGCAACCAAGAAGAGUAUAGGAAGAUGGUUGAGAAGCUCUACAAGCCUCCUAGUGCAUGAUUCUUCAAGAUGUUCUGAUUCAUAAAUCUCCAGUGCCUUUGAUGAUCUCUCACAUAUAAUGAUUUUGUAGAAGAAACACAUUGAUUGUGUCACUCA